CCUUGCCCUCAUUUGGUUUUUGGUUAGGAGACGGAUGGCUAUUGUACCAAAGAAACUUGCUACAAUCGAACAUCGUGAACCUGUCUUCCUCGUUUUUGCACCUCUGUAUUAUGUCAAAAUGAGUUUUCUACCCUACUUAUUAGCUACGAUUUAAUUUAUGGAACAAAUGGCUGAGACGUCGUCUAACAGCGACUCGGAAGAAUUUUUUGACGCCGAAGACAUCACACCUCAUCGCAGUAGCAGAAGAAGCAGGUCCAGCCUCAAUAAAAACCAACCCGCAGGUGCAAUUUCACCUAAAGCAGAAAACUCCGCUGCAAAACAGGAGACAACUAUAGAGGAGACGCCUGCACAACUGGAAAACAAUGCUGCCUUACCUGCACUGCCGCUAACUCAACCUGAUGUUCCCGAUGGAUUGGUACAUAAAAUACGCACAAAAAAGGAAAAUCUUACCCUGCCAGUGGUUUCUGCAGUACUUGAUGAAAAGGAGGAGGAAGUUCGUUCACGUCUUGAGGAGACACAAACAAGGAGGCGCAGAGUUCAGGAAUUGCGUCAGCGCCUGACAACAGAUGACGACCCCCAAGCUUCGGCCGCCACCUCUGGCUCUCCCCAGGGCUCGACAGCUUCAUCUGUUGACAAUAUGUAUCUUACUGGAAGGGCAUCUGUCCAGUCUGCGCCUUCGACUUCCCAUCCGUUUAGAAUUAUUGACACCACCGACUCAGUCAGUCUUAGCUCUAUAGGCAGGGGAGGACUUCUUUUAUCACAAUUUAAAUCUGAACCAGCUUCUGUUGUUCUGUUAACUGGCAGCAGUUCUCAGCCACUGCAAGAGCCAGACGUGAUUGCCAGCACGAAAGGUUUGGUGCCCGUAGCUCCACCCAGGAGGAAAAAGAAGCCCAAGGCGCCAAGUGUGCUACCCCAGGCUUCUGGAGAAGAGGCAUCUCCUCUGCCCUCACCGGCCAGCACCCUUGCUACUCUUGCUGAAGAGUGGGAGCGCAGCCUGGAUUUAAAGGCAGCCGUCAAGGGCCAGUACGUGGUAAAGCCGCAAGACACAGCCACUUCAAGAGCCGAGCCGUCGCCACCUCCAUCAUCACCUACUUCUCCUCUGGCCGCCGCUGCUGCUGCUUCGGCUCCGCUUCCACCACACUCUUCGUCUUGCUCUUCUGGCUUUAGCUCAGCGUGCUCCAGUCUACCAAGAUCAGCCCGCCCUAGUCCCAGAAACUCAAAAGAACGGAACGGCGCAGCUGGCAUCAAGGCUGAGGAGUUGGGAGUUCGAACAAGAACUGACUCUGGGAAGCAGCUUACUGAUCUGGAAAUUCUUGAGCAAGUUACUGUGCUGAAUUUGGAUACGGGGGAACGAGUGCCAUUGUCUAUUGCAGAGGACAAACUACCUCAGUGCAUCAAUCCACUUUCCUUGCACAUUAUGCGACUGACUUCUGAAUACGUGAGAUUGAAGAAUACGUUAAUGUUUUGCAGCAACUCAAGCUUGGAAAAGGAUAGAGAAAGUGACGAGGAAAGCGUCAUGAGUGAGCGACCGCAAACUUUGGCAGAUGACACAGAGAGCAUCAACAUCCCUGUUAAAAAGAGGAGUCAAAUACGUAGGCUUAUAGGGCAGUCUGUAAGAAAAACAAUAGACAAAGCAAAACACCUGGCUCAUGAAGUCCGCUUGCACGGAUCUGCCGGAAAUUCUGGCCGCGAGGCAUUAAAAGAAGCUGGUGAAGAGGAGGAGACUGCAGCCAAAAUAAAACUACGUGCUGGCCACAAAGGUCCAUACGAGUUUGAUUGCGUCAAACAACUGCAGGACAUGUCAAAUGCCCAUUCUGGGCCGAUUUGGUGUGUUCGCUUCUCUGUCUGCGGUAGACUCCUGGCAACUGCUGGCCAAGAUAGGGUUCUCAGAGUGUGGGUUCUGAGGGAGGCCAUGGCAUAUUUUUCCGACAUGUGCACAAAGUACAGCCAUCCAAAAAGCUCGCCCACACCCUCGCAGGAGUCGCUGCAGGCAGUGGCACCAGAAGAGCCAAAACCCUCUGCAGAUGAUGGCAUGGGGCCAUUCAUGGCUCGCCCCUUUGUUUCCUACGUUGGCCACACAUCUGAUCUGCUGGACGUCUCUUGGUCCAAGAACUACUUUGUGCUGAGCUCGUCCAUGGACAAGACUGUCAGACUUUGGCACAUAUCGCGCCAGGAGUGCCUCUGCUGCUUCCAGCACAUUGAUUUUGUUACCGCAAUUGUAUUUCAUCCGAGGGAUGACAGAUACUUUUUAUCUGGCUCUCUAGAUGGAAAACUACGGCUGUGGAACAUACCUGACAAGAAAGUGGCAGUUUGGACAGAAGUUGAAGGUCCCAUCAAACUUGUAACUGCAGCAAAUUUUUGCCAAAAUGGAAAGUUUGCUGUCAUUGGCACUUACGACGGGCGCUGCGUCUUUUACACCACGGAAAAUCUGAAGUACCACACUCAGAUCCACGUUCGCUCUUCAAGAGGUAGAAAUAGUCAAGGAAGGAAAAUAACAGGAAUCGAGCCAAUGCCUGGAGAAGACAAGAUAUUAGUUUCUAGCAAUGAUAGCCGUAUUAGACUUUACGAUCUUAGGGACCUGAAUCUUUCAUGCAAAUAUAAAGGCUAUGUCAACAUCAGCAGCCAAAUAAGUGCAAGUUUUAGUCAUGAUGGGAAAUACAUCACAAGUGGAUCUGAAAACCAAGUAAUUUAUAUAUGGAGGACAUACCACGAGCAAGCCAAAUUUACAUCAGCACGGAGAGAUAGGAACAGUUUUUGGGAAGGCAUAAAAGCGCACAAUGCAAUGGUGACUUGUUCUGUGUUUGCACCACAUCCUGCUUCCAUCAUCCGCCAACUUGAGGCCACCGCUUCGCUGAAUCUACUAGGCUCUGGUACAGCUGGCACUUUGCAAGCUUCAACCACCCCAGAGGCAGCUUCAAGUGGCGAUGGUUACAUCCUGGUCUCAGCAGAUUUCAACGGUUGCCUCAAAGUGUUCCUGAACAGACCCAAGGCCAAGCACAGCUCGUUGCCAGCAUCAGCGAUGGCCUAACUGAUAUAAUUAUUUACAACACCUGCAUACUAUUAAAGCUUCAGAUAUGUACCAAGUUAUUUGUGCUGUGGUUAUUACAAUAAACAUCAUGUUCUUUUAAACAAGACCA